AUGCCUCCCGAAAGUAUCCACAGUGAAGACCGGCCAUCAGUCCCAACCACCACCAAAUCAAAGCCAACAGUCUAUGUCCUCGAUGCAUUCAAUCCCCAAGCAAUCGCCCAUGCCAGAACAAUCUUCAACCUGAUUCUUCCAGAAGAUCCAUCCUUCGCCGACUGGCGAAAGAAGGCAUCAGCAGUCUUGAUCCGAGGUUCAUACAUGACCGCCGAAGAUGUUGCGAGUUGCCCAAAUCUUAUGGCAAUUGGCAAGCAUGGCGUUGGAAUCGACAAAAUAGACCAGGAGGCUUGUUCCAAGCGCGGUAUCAAGAUCCUCAACACGCCUGGUGCGAACGCUAGAGACGUCGCUGAACUUGUCCUUGCAUUAACGAUGGCCGUGGCGCGAGAUAUUCGAUCGAUUACUACACGUCAAAUGUUAAAUCCAGUGCCAAAGGAGACGUGCAAUGGAUUGACACUUUGGGGAAAGACUAUCGGCAUUAUUGGGAUGGGUAAUAUUGGGCGAACCGUCGCGGAAAUCUUCCGUGGAGCCUUUGACGCUGAGGUUGUGGCAUGUGAUGUUUUUAUGCCAGAUGAUGCGUGGCCCAGCAUUCCGCAUUCGAGAGUGAAGAGUGUCGAAGAGGUUCUCAGGAGAGCAGAUGUUGUUUCUGUUCAUGUGCCACUCACCAAGGAGACUCGAGAUAUGAUCUCUUAUACCGAGCUUCGCAUGAUGAAGCCAGACGCAAUCUUGAUCAAUGCAGCCCGCGGUGGUAUUGUCAAUGAAACGGAUCUUACUAGAGUUCUAUCAGAAGGACAUCUUUGGGGUGCUGGAUUGGAUUGUCAUGAGCAGGAGCCGCCUACGUUCGAAAAGUAUGCGACUCUGUGGGAGAAUCUGAAUGUCAUCAGCACGCCUCAUAUCGGAGCUGCUACGGCCAGGGCGCAGACUGCCAGUGCUAUGGCUGCGGUGAAUAACUUAUCUGAGUAUCUCAUGAGCAUUAGGGCUUAG